AUGCCCCGCAGCUCCCUGGCCAUGUCCCGCUCAGAAUCAACCGGCGUGACCCUCCAAGAUCUUCCAAAAUCAAAUGUCUUCACCACAAAGCUCCCACCCGAUGCGCAAUUCCCGACCCCUGAAUCCUCUGCAGGAGCAACCCGCUCACAGCUCGGUCCGCGCAUGGUAAAAGCUGCAUUAUACACAUAUGUUCGUCCCGACCCGGUAGAAGAUAAUCCCGAGCUCCUGGCCGUAUCACCGCUGGCACUCCGUUCUAUUGGUCUCGCUUCCACGGAACCUACAAAACCAGAGUUCCUCAGAUUAGUCUCUGGGAAUGGCGGCUUCGAGGAUAUAUCGUACCCAUGGGCACAAUGUUACGGCGGCUGGCAAUUCGGGCAGUGGGCAGGUCAGUUGGGCGACGGCCGAGCAAUCUCGCUCUUCGAAGCUACGAAUCCAGAAACCAAAAUUCGAUACGAGCUUCAACUCAAAGGAGCAGGGCAAACACCGUAUUCUAGAUUCGCAGACGGAAAGGCAGUGCUGAGGAGCAGUAUCAGAGAGUUUAUUGUAUCGGAGUACCUAUAUUCGAUCGGUAUUCCGAGCACACGGGCGCUAAGUUUGACACUCUUGCCUGGCAAUCAGGCCAUUCGGGAGAACAUCGAGACUUGCGCAAUCGUAUGCCGCUUUGCUGAGAGCUGGAUUCGUAUUGGGACCUUUGACCUUCUGAGAGCAAGGGGGGAUAGAAAAAAUUUGAGGCUUCUGUCAGAUUAUGUCCGGGAGGAGGUUUUGAAAACGAAGGAGAGGGUAGAUGGUGAAGACGGGUCAAGCGGGGUGCGCGGGGAUGGAGUUAGAAAUAGGUACGAAGAUAUGUACAGGGAGAUUGUUCGAAGAAAUGCCUUGACGGUAGCGAAAUGGCAGGCAUACGGCUUUAUGAACGGUGUUUUGAACACUGAUAAUACGAGCAUCAUGGGGUUAAGUCUUGAUUUUGGACCGUUCUCUUUCAUGGAUAGCUUCAACCCCAAAUUCACACCGAAUCACGACGACCACACGCUCCGCUACUGCUACAAGAAUCAGCCAACAAUAAUCUGGUGGAACCUCGUCCGCCUAGCAGAAGACCUCGCCGAGCUCUUCGCUGCAACCCCCGAAAUGCUCGACUCAGAAGUCGGCGAAGAAUACAAAUCUAUUUUCUUAGCGGAAUACAAACAACUCAUGGCAACACGCCUUGGAUUUACCGGGCUUCGGGAGACAGAUAUGGAUGAUGUUUACUCCCCGCUACUAGAUAUCCUCGAGGACGCACAUGUCGACUUUGGCCACUUCUUUAGACGCCUUUCCGAAUUGCCAAUUUUUGAACUUAUGGAGAGUGAUGAGGAAGCCCAAUUGACUGCGGCAGAGGGGCUUAUGCCGAAGGCUGUGCUCACGACUGUACAGAAGGGGCCGGAGAAAAUACUCAAGUGGUUAAAGCUCUACGCGGAGCGACUAGAGGAAAAGGAGGAUGCAAAGAGAAUGGAGAGGAUGAAAAAAGUUAAUCCAAAGUUCAUUCCGAAGAAUUGGGUUCUUGAAGAGAUCAUUCAGAGAGUAGAGCAGAAGGGUGAGAGGGGUGUGUUGGGGGAUGUGAUAAAGCUGGUUGAGAACCCAUUUGCCGAUCGAUGGGAGGGGGUGAAGGAUGCUGAGAGGUGGUGUGGGGAUGUGCCAAAGUUGGAGGUUGGUAUGCAGUGCAGUUGCUCCAGCUGA